GUGGUGUAAAAAAUGAAAACAAACCAUGAGCUGCAGAGUAGAACCAGGAAGUGCUUGUCAGUAGAGUGAAACUCAGACAAAGCUGUCUAGAGGCAGAGAAAAUCUUUGCCUAGCAGGGGGAGAGAGAUAGAGAGUGAGCCAAGGAUUGAGAGAAAAGAGGGAAGAGACAGAGAGAGAGAAAGAGAGAGGAAAGGGGAGAGGAAGACUGACUGAGCAAGUCUCCAAACCGCGUGCGAAAACACACGCAGCAACAGACGGGGCCUCUGAGGCAGUGCUGUCCUUGCACGGUGCAUCAUGGUGGAACGUGGUGCACGCUGGGAGCCCAAAGAUCACAAGAUGGCCGCCGCGGAGGGGGAGGGCGGUGACGACGACGAGCCGGAGAUGGAUGGCACGUGCGACGCCUGUGAGCCUGACGAGGCCCAGCCGGCCACCCACGUCUGCCCGGCCUGCCGCUUCGCCUUCUGUCCGCCACACGCCGCCACACACACGCGCAGCACGCACCACCAGACGCUACCCUACCACCCCGAGCCCUCCGCUGCAGCAGCCGGGCCACAAGGGGGAGCUGAGAGACUCGGGGGGGCACAGAAUGGGGGUGUGGGUCACCCGGGGGCAGUAGGGGUAGACACGGGGCAAGGACGGAUGGAAGUAGCCGAGCAAGGGGGUGAGAUGGACGACGAGGGUGCCGUGGGUGGUGAGGCGGCACAGGACGAGGGGGACGAGGAGGGGUCCGGGAAGAAGGAUUCGGUGAGCGUGGAGCGACUGCGCUGCAGGGAGCAUGACCAGGAGGGGUCACUCUACUGCAAGCUGGACGAGAAGAUCAUCUGCGUGCUGUGCGCCGUGCAGGGGGAACACCGCGAGCAUGAGAUCAUCACGCUGCGUGAGGCCUACCACUGGCAGAAGAGUCGUGAAGGCAUUGACCUGGUGAGCCGCACACAGGAGAUGGCAGAGAAGAUCAAGAGCAGAUGGACGAGCCCAGACAUGAAUAAAGACGAGCUGGAACUGUACGUUAACCAGCAGUUCGACGAGCUGCACCAGCUGGUGCGCCUGGAGGAGAAGCGCACGCUGCACCUGGUGGACCUCAAGGAGGCCUUCCUGACCGCGCAGGCCAGCGAGAUGAUCGCCGAGAUCAGCGUCAACACCGAGCGCCUGCAGGAGGAGGUGGACUGCAUCACCCAGCAGCUGGGUGAGCUGGAGCAGGCCGCCGUGGUGCCGCCGCCGCAGGCCGGACACGACGAUGGACCUCCCGUGGCCGGCGUCGCGGCGGUGGCUGGUCUGAACGGGGUGGACGCUCCAGGUCCCGGGGGCUGCGGCGGAUGUCGUAGCUGAACGUGAGGCUGAAGCGGCAGCACAAGCGAUUGUGGCAGCGAUGGCGGGGCCUGAUCCACUUCCUCUUCCUGCCGCCAUCAGACUAGCACUCGGCGCGGACGCUCGGCCCCAGG